AUGGUGUGUUGCUGUUGCUGUUGGAAGCCGUAUCAUUGCGCUUUAGCUCUCAGUAUUAUUGAUACAACAAUUGUUGGUAUUUUUGCAUAUCAUGCCGCUGAUUUAUUAUACAGAUCGGCAAAUGAUAAUAAUUGGAUCGAUUUUGCUAUGUUUGCAAUCCUUUUGGGUUUCUUCUUAUGUGAACUAUUAAGUAUGCUAACAUUGGCCAUUUCAAAGAGACGGAAUAAUUCUCGUUAUGUACUACCACGAUUAAUACUACUUACCGGUCAAUUUGCUGUAACAACAUUCAUUUCCAUUAUUUUAAUCCUAUAUUUUAUGGGAUUCACCGAGAAAUUCAAUGAUAUUGUUAUUGGUUCAUAUGAGUAUUGGGCUGGUAGCAAACUAAACGAAGAUGAUCGAGUAAGAGCUGUUAGUGAUCUAUUCAUUUAUGCAAUUGGUACUUUUGUUUCUGUAUUCAUAUAUACAGUGUAUGAGUUAUUUGAAUUGCACAUUACACGAAAAUAUCAGAAUACUCUUGAAACACCACCGGAAUUCAUUCCUGUAAGGAGUCAGGAAUUACCACGAUUAGCUGGACCAAAUUUAAGCAUUAGUCAACCACAACAUGUUCCACCACCACCCUAUAAUCCACAAUAUCAUUAA